AUGGCCCAGGCCACUCACUACCUUUCAACAUAUGGGUCAAGAUACGGUGAGAGCAAACCGGUUAAAGUCAGUUUUGGCGGAGAUGACCUGAAUCUGGAGCCAGAUUGUUCGGUGGACAGAACCUUUGGUCCUACCGCAAGAAACCCACUCAAAGUCGUCGUCCGAGGAAUUCCUACUCACCCAAAAUAUGUGAAUGAAGUUCUUGAUGCUGUGAUAUGUGUUUUGGAGGCUCUUGCAGUAAGUAUUUUAAAAUAUUUACAGACAUCCACUGGUUAUGAAGCUGCCUGUCUCAAUGUGAACAACCAUGCAAGUGACAAUCAUGGUGAAGAAGUAGAUGAGGGGUUCACCAAGGCCAGAUGCUCAAACUGCUCUAGUACUAGCAGCAAUGGAGCAGUUUAG